UAAACAGACAGGGUAGCAACUUAGCCAGCAUCUCCUGGACCACCAACCGAAUAUAAAACCCCUUAUUUAUCGUGUCUGGUUUACAAAACUGAAACGAUGAGAGCCGUUCCAACAUGGAUAGACAAAGUGCACGACCGCGACAAAGUUGAGCAAUGUAUUUAUGAUAUAGCCUUCAAACCGGAUGGCACUCAACUCAUCGUUGCUGCAGGGAACAGGGUGCUGGUAUACGACACAUCUGAUGGGACACUGAUACAGCCCCUGAAAGGACACAAAGACACAGUCUACUGUGUGGCCUAUGCUAAAGAUGGAAAGCGUUUUGCAUCAGGGUCUGCAGACAAAAGCAUCAUCAUCUGGACAUCUAAGCUGGAAGGGAUUCUCAAAUAUACGCACAAUGACUCCAUUCAGUGUGUGGCCUACAACCCUGUUACCCAUCAGCUGGCCUCCUGCUCCUCGGGGGACUUUGGACUGUGGUCUCCAGAACAGAAGUCAGUGUCAAAACAUAAGGUCUCUAGCAAGAUCACAUGUUGCGGCUGGACGAAUGAUGGGCAGUACCUGGCGCUGGGCAUGAUGAAUGGUGUGGUGAGCAUCCGCAACAAGAAUGGAGACGAGAAGGUGAAGAUCGAGAGGCCUGGAGGCUCCUCCUCCCCCAUCUGGUCCAUCGCCUGGAACCCCUCAAAAGACUGGAGGAAGUGGAGGGCCUUCUCCAACUGGGGCGAGGCGGACCAGGAGGCGGCCGAGGAAGGCAGCUGCGUGUCGGAGGACGAGGAGGAGCUGGAGGCCCUGAGCCUCCUGCUGGGGGAGAGAGCAGGAGACGCCAGGAGGACCCACACUAGGAUCCUCGGGCCAGUCAGUAGCCACUGCAGGCAGGAGCAGGAGCAGGAGCAGGAGGAGGCUCCAGGGCCAGAGGAGGGCCAGGCAGGGACAGUUGAGGAGCAGGUGGAGCAAGAGCAGGUGGAGGAGGAGGAGGAGGAGGAGGAGGCAGAGGAGGAGGAGGAGCUGAUGCUGCCAGAGGUGGAGAGCUGUAGUCCGCUCAGGGACGAACACAAUGACAUUCUGGCGGUAGCCGACUGGGGCCAGAGGCUUUCCUUCUACCAGCUCAGUGGCAAGCAGAUUGGGAAGGACCGGCAGCUGAACUAUGACCCGUGCUGCGUCAGCUACUUCUCCAAGGGCGAGUACAUCGUGAUGGGGGGCUCGGACAAGCAGGCCUCCCUCUACACCAAGGACGGCGUGCGCCUGGGGCCCAUCAGCGAACAGAACUCCUGGGUUUGGACCUGCCGCGUCAAGCCCGACUCCAACUAUGUGGUGGUGGGUUGUCAGGAUGGCACGAUUGCCUUCUUCCAGCUGAUCUUCAGCACGGUGCAUGGCCUCUAUAAGGACCGCUACGCCUUCCGAGACAGCAUGACCGACGUCAUCGUUCAGCACCUCAUCACCGAGCAGAAAGUGCGCAUCAAGUGCAGAGAGCUGGUGAAGAAGAUCGCCAUCUACAGGAACCGCCUGGCCAUCCAGCUGCCCGAGAAGAUCCUCAUCUACGAGUGCUACACGGACGACUCGUCUGACAUGCACUACCGCGUCAAGGAGAAGAUCAGCCGACGCUUCGAGUGCAACCUGCUGGUGGUCUGCUCACGACACAUCAUCCUCUGCCAGGAGAAGAGGCUGCAGUGUCUGUCCUUCACCAACGUGAAGGAGAGGGAGUGGCUGAUGGAGUCUCUGAUUCGCUACAUCAAAGUGAUUGGCGGCCCGCCGGGGAGGGAGGGGCUUCUGGUCGGCCUGAAGAACGGCUCGAUCCUGAAGAUCUUCGUGGACAACCCGUUUGCCAUCACACUGCUGAAGCAGAACACCUCAGUCCGCUGUCUGGACAUGAGCGCCUCCCGCAGCAAGCUGGCCGUGGUGGACGAGCACAACACCUGCCUGGUCUAUGACAUCCACACCAAGGAGCUGCUCUUCCAGGAGCCCAAUGCCAACAGCGUUGCGUGGAACACCCAGUGUGAGGACAUGCUGUGCUUCUCAGGGAACGGCUAUCUGAACAUCAAGGCCAGCAACUUCCCCGUGCACCAGCAGAAGCUGCAGGGCUUCGUGGUGGGCUACAACGGCUCCAAGAUCUUCUGCCUGCACGUGUACUCCAUGGCUGCCGUUGAGGUGCCCCAGUCUGCUCCUAUGUACCAGUAUCUGGAGAGGCGUAUGUUUAAGGAGGCUUAUCAGAUCGCUUGUCUGGGGGUGACGGACAGCGACUGGAGGGAUCUGGCCACCGAGGCCCUGGAAGGCCUGGACUUCGACACAGCUAAAAAGGCUUUUAUCAGAGUGAGGGACCUUCGCUACCUGGAGCUCAUCAACAGCAUUGAGGAGAGGAAGAAGAGGGGCGAGAGCAACAGUGAGCUGUUCCUGGCUGAUGUGUCGGCCUACCAGGGGAAGUUCCACGAGGCUGCCAAGCUCUACCGACGCAGCGGCUACGACAACAGAGCACUCAGCAUGUACACCGACCUGCGCAUGUUCGACUACGCCAAGGACUACCUGGGCUCUGCAGACCCCAAGGACACGCGUGUGCUGAUGAGCAAGCAGGCGGACUGGGCCCGCAGCAGCAAGGAGCCCCGAGCAGCUGCAGAGAUGUACCUCAGCGCUGGAGAACACCUCAAAGCCAUCAACAUCAUCGGAGAACACGGCUGGGCCGACAUGUUGAUAGAUCUGGCUCGUAAGUUGGAUAAGGCCGAGAGGGAGCCGCUGUCCCGUUGUGCCGCUUUUUUUAAGCAGCUAAAUCACCAUGGUUACGCCUCGGAGACUUACACCAAGAUGGGUGACCUUAAGGCGCUGGCACAGUUACACGUCGACACCCGGCACUGGGAUGAGGCCUUCUCCCUGGUGGAGAAACACCCAGAGUUCAGAGAGGACGUCUUUGUGCCCUAUGCACGGUGGCUCGCAGAGAACGACCGCUUCGAGGAGGCCCAGAAAGCGUUCCAUCGUGCUGGUCGUCAGGCAGAGGCGGUGAAGGUGCUGGAGCAGCUUACCCACAAUGCAGUGGUGGAGAGCCGCUUCAACGACGCCUCAUACUACUACUGGAUGCUGGCCAUGCAGUGCCUAGACAUCGCAAGAGAGUUUGAGGAGAAGAACGAGGAGAUGCUGCUGAAGUUCCAUCGCUUCCAGCUGCUGGCAGAACUCUACCACGUCUACCACUCUAUACACAGAUACACGGAGGACCCGUUCAGCUCCCACAUGCCCGAGACGCUCUUCAACAUCUCCCGAUUCCUGCUGCACCACCUCGCCAAGGACGUGCCCCUGGGCAUCUCCAAAGUCAACACGCUGUAUGCGCUGGCCAAGCAGAGUAAGUUUCUGGGGGCCUACAAGAUGGCGCGCUACUGCUUCGAGAGACUGCAGUGCCUCCGCAUCCCCCCUCGCCUCCAGGACGCCAUGCACCUAGGCAGCCUCACCAUACGCUCCAAACCCUUCCACGACAACGAGGACUUGGUGCCCAUGUGUUUCCGCUGCUCCACCAACAACCCUCUCCUCCAUAACCUUGGCAACGUCUGCAUCAACUGCAGGCAGCCCUUCAUCUACUCUGCCUCCUCCUAUGAGGUGCUCCCCCUGGUGGAGUUCUAUCUGGAGGGGGGCAUCAGUGAUGAGGAGGCGGUGGCCCUCAUCGACCUGGAGGUACCCAAGCAGGACCGCAACACCUCACGCUGGCACAACAUGAGCAGUGGGGAGUCCCAGUCCCUCAAGCUGGAUGACAGCACCGUGGAAGAGGCAGAGGACCCCUUCACAGCCAAGCUCAGCUUUGAGCAGGGUGGCAGUGAGUUCGUGCCGGUGGUGGUGAGUAAGGGCGUGUUGAUGUCCAUGUCCAGACGGGACGUCCUGAUCAAGCGCUGGCCACACCCCCUCAAGUGGCAGUACUACCGCUCCCUACUGCCCGACGUCAGCAUCACCAUGUGUCCCUCAUGCUUCCAGAUGUUCCACAGUGAGGAGUAUGAGCUGCUGGUGCUGCAGCAUAACUGCUGCCCCUACUGCCGACGGCCCAUCGACGAGCCCAACUGAGCACCGGAGACAGCUCAGCACACACAGCACAGCAGACAUGGACCCCCCCCCCCCCCCCCACACACACACACACACACACACACACACACACACACACACACACACACACACACACACACACACACACACACACACACACACACCUGCAAGAGAGAAAAUUGUGGAAUGGGUGUGUGUGUGUGUGUGAGAGAGAGAGAGAGAGAGAGAGAGAGAGAGAGAGAGAGAGAGAGAGAGAGAGAGAGAGAGAGAGAGAGAAUGGUGGAAUGUGUGACAGUGACAGAACCAAGGCACUUGAGUGCGAGAGAGAGAAUGUGGGGUGUGUGUGUGAGAGAGAAAGAGAGAGAGUGAGAGUGCUGGAGUCUGUCUAUGCGUGAGCGUGCAUGCCAAAGAGUGAGUGAUUGGACUCAGCAUGUGUAUAUGAUGAGAGUAGAUGUGUGUGGUCUGCCUGUGUGUAAUUGAGUGUGUGUGUAUGUGCAGGGGGCUCCUCAUGCGUGUGUGUGCGUGUGCGUGUGCGUCUGUGUGUGUGUGUGUAAGUGUUUGCGUGUGCGUGUGUGUGCGUGCGUGUGUGUGUGUGCAUGUGUGUGUGUGUGCGUGCAUGUGUGUGUGUGUGUGUGUGUGUUAUGAAGUCAGAGAGGUGAGGUGAAAGAAAGCGCAGCAUCAGCGGACGCCGUCCCCCCUGUAGAGCUGAUGAGAUUAACUCAGAUGAGAUUAGAGACGGCCUCUUACACACACACACACACACACACACACACACACACACACACACACACACACACACACACACACACUGGCCCUCGUCGCCACACACUCUCUCAGGGCAGUGGGGAGAGGAUUAAUACACACAUCCGUUUAAUGCCACUACUGGUGAGAGGGUAUGGAUGAUGAGAUGAAGUGUGUGUGUGUACUGUAUGUAUGUGUGUGUGUGUGUGUUUAGGGAGGAAGGUGUGUAUGUGAUACACAAACACCACGUCACACAAGCAACUACCAAGUCUAUGUAAUGCAAUUACAACACAUGCUCUAAUGACAUUCCAGAUUUGACAUGCUGAAUGUGAACCUCUUUUAUACUCUAAUAAAAAUCAUUACUUUUU